GUAUGCCAGGCUCACGGUCUUCCAUUGUUUCACCGAUGAGAUACAGAGGAUGGAAAGCUUAAACUGUAAAAUAAUGACAAGACAGACACAAAUCCCAGACUAAACAAUGCGCGCACCGGACCAACAACGACCUGUGUUCUUAUUCAGGAGCCCCCUUCACUAUGAACCACACAGCACGACUGGUAGCCGUCCCAACUUCACACACGUAGUACUUUGGGUCAUGUGUGAACUUGAAGGCAGGAAAUAAAGCGCGCUCUGUUCGUGCGUAACAGGGAAGUGAGCCUAACCGAGUUUCUACGUCGUUAAAAGUUGCCUGCGACCUGCACGAAGGGCUGGCAUCGAAAGUUCCGUUUUCUUCCGUUUUAACGACGCGUAUUGUCCAGCUUUCGGAGUUUAGCGUCAGCAUUACACUGAGUGAUGGAGGAAGGUCCCGUUCUGUAGGACUGCUCGGAGAACUUGUGAGCCAGUAGAGGGGGGAAUCGGCGACGAGCCGCAGCAUUUUUCAAUGUUUUGAGUUCUCUACACAAGUGAAGCCCUGCGUGAUCAUGGCCCAGUGGAUACAAAUGACCCAGAUGCUACAGCGUCUGCCUUACGAGACAGUCAGCAGCCUCUAUCCACCAAACUCCUUCCCCAUUGAAGUCAGGCAUUAUAUAGCUGAGUGGAUAGAGAACCAAAGAUGGGAAGACUUUUCAAUUGAAAACGUGGAGCUUCAGAGUCAAGCUGAAAAUCUGUUGGACCAGGCCAUCACCAUACUGCAAACGGUUGCUCUGCAGAACGCCAAUGUUGUUGAGAGGAUGAAGCUGAUGCAGAUGAGCAGGAACAUGGAUCUGUUUCGCCAGCAGCCGCUAAAGUUUGCAGUGAUGGUCAGGGAUAUCCUCAGGCAGGAGAGGGCUCUGGUACCCAGGAGCAACCCUGCACCCAGCCAAUCGUACCAGAUGCGAGAUUUAGUGAACAUGCAGGAUGUAGACCACCUGGUUCUGAAGGUGCUUAAUCUCCAGGAGAUUCGAAAAUCCAUGCACCAGGUGCAAGAAGAGCUCAACUGGGAGAGGCAAAACUUUGAGAGUUUGCAAGCGACCUUCCAGCAGAAUGGACUGGAUGGAAAAUCAGAAGUCCAGAAACUUCAAGCACACAUCAAGCAGCUGGAGUACAAUGUACAAGCAUUGACCACGAAACAAACACACCUGCUGAAGGAGUGUGUGGACUCUCUAGGCAAUUGCCAGACCCGAUUUAUUGACAGGCUGAAGGACUGGGUGUGGGAUCAGCGCAAGGCAGCCAUAGGAUUUCCUUUUGAUGACAACCUCAACCCCCUGCAGACCUGGUGUGAGCAGCUUCUUGGGAUGAAUGGAAACCUGAGACAGGAACUGAUGCUGACGGGGGAAAUGAGCUCUGACCUCCAGGAAAGGCUCUCGCAACUUCUGCAGGUUCUGAUCCAAAGCUCCUUUAUAGUGGACAAGCAGCCCCCGCAGGUGAUUAAGACUCAGUCAAAGUUCUCCACAACUGUGCGAUAUCUGCUGGGAGAGAAAGUGGCUCCUGGGAAGCCUGUGAUGGUGAAGGCACAAAUCAUUAAUGAAAUGCAGGCCAGGAACCUGGGCAGUGUACCUGGUGAUAAUGUGGGUGAACUGAUCAACAAUUCAGCUGUCCUAGAACACAAUUUAGCCACCAAGAGCACGUGUGCCAACUUCAGAAACAUGUCCAUCAAGAAAAUCAAGAGAGCAGACAGAAAGGGCUCAGAGUCGGUGACAGAGGAGAAAUUUGCUCUCCUGUUCACAGCAGAGAUCACCAUCACAGGUUGUGACACUCCGUAUAGGAUACAGGUGAUCUCUCAGCCAGUGGUUGUUAUUGUUCAUGGCAGUCAAGACAACAAUGCUGUGGCCACCAUCAUAUGGGACUGCGCGUUCUCUGAGCGAGACAGAAUCCCCUUUGUGGUGCCGGAGCGUGUGCCGUGGAGGAUGAUGUACAACACUCUCAACAGUAAAUUUACAUCUGAGGUCGGGACGCAGCACAAUUUGGACCAGUACAACCAACACUUCUUGGCCCAGAAGAUCUUUGAUAAGCCUGACUAUGCUGAUGACUUCAGUAACAUGAUGGUUUCCUGGGCCCAGUUUAAUAAGGAGGUCCUCCCGGGUCGAACGUUCACCUUCUGGCAGUGGUUUGAAGGAGUAAUGGAGCUAACCAAGAAACACCUGAAGUCCUACUGGAGCGAAGGGCUGAUAUUUGGUUUCAUUGGGAAGCAGCAUCUCCACCUGAUUCUCAAAGACAGGCCCAAUGGAACGUUCCUGCUUCGAUUUAGUGACUCUGAAAUUGGAGGCAUCACCAUCGCGUAUGUGUCUCCUAGUGAAAAUGGGGGACAAAAAAUCCAGAACAUUCAGCCUUUCAGCAAGAGAGACCUUGAGAUCCGUGGCCUCGGGGACCGCAUUCGUGACAUUGAGCACAUAACAUAUCUCUAUCCAGAAUAUAAUAAACGUGACGUUUUCGGAAAGUUCUACACAGUAGAGCCUCAGUUAUCCACAAACACAGGUUACAUCCCAGUGUCCCUCCAGCUUAGAAUCGGCAUGGAUGCCCCACCUCCAGCUUCCAAUACAGCACAGGGAAGUUCUGCUAACUUCAUUAUGGAAACCAUGCCCUCACCUCAGGUUGGCUUCCCUGUGGAAGCUGCAUCCUCGGGAUCCAACAUAGUAACUGCGGCUGAAGCCUCUCCCAGUGGCUUCUCUAUGCAACAGUUCCAGUCACCAUUCAACUCACCAGAGUUCCCUGAUGAAAUAAUAGAUCCUACAGGGAGUUCAUCUGGGGCCAUAGAACCCAUGCCUCUGGAUUUGGACUUUUUCAGUUAAUCUCGAGUCUCAGGAAUAAUUCUCACGGGCUGUUUUUGGAGCGGAAAGAAGAAGCCGGCUAGAGAUUAAAGCCAAACUCGACUCAUAUGACAAAAAUGCCGCCAUUUCUCCAGAUUCUCUUCUUUCACUUUCAACACCUAAAGAUUGGACUACUUUUGAGUGAAAAAUUAGCGACAAAAGCUGGUUUGUCUGGGACUCAACAUGUUCAGCUGGUGGCGUGUGGCAGCAGGAAAUAAUUUUAAGGACAAAGUAAAACUGAACAAACCAGAACAAAAAUAUUUUUUGUGGCAGCCAUCUGUGCCUUGUUGCACACGUCAUUACGAACCUUAUGUGCUUCUUACCUGGUCCUCUUUGUUUUGUUUUGGGUUUUUUUGCUUUGCUUGUUUUUAGAAAAAUAAGUGGAUUACUGUACAGAUUAUAGCAUUUUACCAACCGUUUCCAAAAGUAUGAUAGCAGGUAUAAAAAGGCAAUGUUACAUGACAUUGCUAGUUAGUGGACUUUAAUCUGCCAGGUAUUUUUCUUUUUAGUAAAUGUUGCAUGUUGUCUAUUUUAGUGAGACCGUGUUAUCUGAAAACCUGGUUGAACCUUUCUCACAGUAGGAUAUUCAUUCAGUCUCUGCAGAUAGUGUGUUUGGUAAAUACUCAGUAAGAAAUAAACAGCUUUUCCAUCUGUGGUGACUGUGAAACUCACUACACUAAUAGCCUCUGCAGAAAAUGGUAGAAGUUGUGAAGGGUGAUGGACAGUGUUUCUAUUAUUAUAUCUACUGUAUGUCAAUUAAAAAUCCAAGUGUGUUUUCUAUUAUAUCAAAACAAGCUCUUGUUGUUUAAUGUUGUUUGAUGUCAGCCAAUACUUGUUCAUUUUAUUGUUUUUAAUCAACAUUGUGUAAAUGUUUUAUUUUCCCUUUUGAUGGCCCAAAACAUUAAAAAAAAUACUAAAAAAAGUAAAAGUAAAAAUAUAUUUUCAAACCACAUCCCCCUUAUUUCCCUUUAUUCUCAAGCAUGAUGAGAAUUUCAGAAGAACAUACAGUUAAAUCCAUAAUAUUUGGACAGUAACACAAUGUUUGUAGCUUUGUGUACACCACCGCGGUGGAUUUUUUUUUUUUUAAACCAAACAAUCAAGAUGUGACUGAAGUGCAGACUUGCAGCUUUAAUUCAAGGGUUCAACCAAAGUAUUACAUUAACUGGUCAGGAACGUCCAGCCAUUUUUAAAUGUAGCACCCCAUUAUCAGAGGCUCAAACGUGAUUGGACAAACUAAAAUAAUGUUCAAUGUAAGAACUGUUUUUAAUACUUGGAUGAAAAUCCUUUGCAGUCAAUUACUGCUUGAGAUCUAGGACCCACAGACAUCAUCCAAUGUGUCUUCCAUUGAGAUGCUCUGCUAAGCCUUCAGUUGUUGCACGUUUGUGAGUUGGGGUUGCCUUUGUAGUGUGCUAUGGGCUCAUUGAAAUGUCUGAACUGUUACGCAGCAGUUGGAUGAAUCUGAGCAGAGAAUACAGCCCUGUAUACUUCUAUCAGCCGUAAUAGUGUAUAAAAAGGCUGCAAUUCUGAAUUAGUUAAAGCAAUACUUUAGUCACCCCCUUGAAUUAAAGUUGAAAGUCUGCACUUCAAUCACAUCUUGAUUGUCUGUUUUAAAAUCCUCUGUGGUGAUGUACAGAAGCAAAACACUGACUGAUUUUCUUUGGCUAAACCUUAAACUCCUUUGAUUACGGCUGUUUAUAUGCAUUGAAUGUUUGCCAGAGACAGCCAUAAAAGAGAUUCUGUUUUUACAGCAAGUUUUGCACUACCUACCGUCACUGUCAGUGCUGUGCAUGUUAUCAUGUAAGGGUGUGUUGGAUGUUAAGGUCAGUUGAUAUGUAUACUUGCUUAACCUUUCAUAUGUUUUAGUGAGUUUUGUAUAUCACUCCAGGUGUACUACUAGAAACCUUAUAGUCUUUCACUGUGGAGACAAAUAAAAUUUCACUUUUUCUGUAAAUAGCCAAAAA